AGUUACUGUAAUAUUAUCAUUUAGUCAAACGUAAUCCUGGUGGAUGAACACUUUUUUUCAAAUCAGGUUGAAGUGAAUAAUAAUUAUUUUGGCAAUUCUGAAUCAGAAGACAACAGCCUAUUGAUGGACGAUACAAAUUCUCUAGUGUACGGCUUGGAGUUCCAGGCACGCGCCCUGGCCUCUCGGCAGGCAGAAAGCAACGAAGUCCGCUUCUUUUUGGCCACGCAAUCACUGAAACCGAAUAACCAGCUGCACGUAGUCGAUCUCAACGAAGACAACUCCGCCCUCGAGGCGAAAGUCUUCGCCCAUCCGUUGGGAGAAGUUUGGAAACUGAAUGCCAGCCCCCACGAUGGCCAGAUGCUGGUGUCGUGCUAUAGUACUCACAAGGGAACACAAACCACAAUGCAGACGGCGUUGCUACGUCUCCCGGAGCGGUUGGAGCCCUGUGAAAGCAGUCAGGAAUUUUUGCAGUUAGCCGAAGUUGAAGUGCUGAAAACGGACGCUUAUGGAGGAGAGAUUCGGACGACCGAGUUCCACCCGUCGGAUGCAACACUGCUGAGCACGGUUAUCGAUGGGAAAAUUUUGCUGUUCAAUAGAGCUGAGGCCUGCACGAAGCUGGUCGCUGAAAUAAAUGCGAAGAAUAUGCCGAAAUUCUCCGGAGGACGAUGGUCACAUUUCAAUCAGGGGAAUCAGUUUAUAACACUGUACGAUUGCAGUGUGAAGUCGUACGAUGUUAGGGAUCCGAAUCAUUGUGCGUGGACGAUUGAAGAUGCCCAUAGUCAGUUGGUGCGGGAUUUAGACUGUAAUCCAAACAAGCAGUACCACAUUGCCACGGGGGGAGACGACGGGGUUUUGAAAAUCUGGGACUUCCGGAAUACGAAGGAGCAUGUAUUUGCCAGAAAUGAUCAUCACCAUUGGAUAUGGAAUGUACGGUUCAACACGUACCAUGAUCAGUUGUUACUAUCGAGCAGCAGCGAUGGAAAGGUGUUGCUGACUUGUGCGAGUAGUGUAAGCUCGGAAACACUGGAAAGCGGCAACGGUGAGACUUCCAACGAUAAGGAACAGUUGGCCGAUGGGCUGCUGCAGACGUUCGAUCAACAUGAAGAUUCGGUUUAUUGUGUGGAGUGGAGUACGGCCGACCCGUGGAUGUUUGCAUCGUUGAGUUAUGACGGAAGGUUGAUCAUCUCAAAGGUUCCAAAACAGUAUAAGUACCAAAUAUUGUUGUAAAAAGAUCUACGCAAAAUAGUUUGUAAGGAAAACUUCACUGGCGGUAUUUUGUGUAUCUUAAAUAAACCAAGCGCUGUA